UUAUAAUGACUUUUAGACCCUUGUGCUCUCACUAGAGAGGCUUCUCAUUUUUAAUCGCGUAGGCUUUCUGAACACAAGAAAAAUAAUGGUCGUAUUACAUAUUUAGUGAAACAGCUACUGACGUCUGUGUGUCUGUCAUGGGUGGAAUACAUCUAAUAUUUUGCCUGCUGUGGGCCUGUGUGAAUGUUUGUGAGUGUGAGCCGGUCAUGUUUGGGGAGGUAUCUUCUCCUCUGUACCCCCAGCCAUAUCCUGCUGAUCUCAAGAAACAGUGGGACCUGGAAGUGCCACAGGGCUAUCAAAUCCAGCUAACGUUCAAUCACCUGGAUAUUGAGCCCUCUCCAAACUGCUACUAUGAUUCUCUCAUGGUUGUGUCCGACAAGAAAUUUCUGGGGAAGUUCUGUGGCCAGAAUUCCACAGACAGGUAUUAUCCAGGUAACAAGCCAAUCUUGGCUCCUGGCAACCGUCUCCAGCUGGUUUUUCAAACGGAUGACUCCAACCAUGUGUCACACUUGGGCUUCACUGCAUUUUACCAGGCUGUUGACAUAGAUGAGUGUACCUCCUUCAGUGUGGAGAAUGAGUCAGAUCCACCAUGUUCACAAAUAUGUCUUAACACUCUGGGCUCCUACCUGUGUGCCUGUCACCAUGGUUACCAGUUACGACCUGACCAACGCACCUGCAUCUUGGACUGUGGGGGUGGGGUUUACAGUGAACCAGAGGGGACCAUCUCCAGUCCUGGAUACCCAAACACCUCCCCACUUGAUCUGCACUGUGUCUACAACAUCUCUGUGCAGCCAGGCUUUACUAUCACCCUCAACUUCAGCCAGACCUUCCACAUAGAGCAGGUCUACAACCAAGGACCGACCUGCCUCUUUCACUGGCUGCAAGUGUCUGUCCCACAAAAAGCACCCCAGAAGUUUUGUGGAGGAAAAAGCCCUGGACUCCUCCACACUGACUCCCAUUUCACCCAAGUGGAGUACCACACUGACAGACACGGACAGAGCCAGGGGUGGAGCUUACAUUACACCACCCAGAGGGUGCAGUGUCCAAAUCCAGGCAGGAUCCACAAUGGAAGAGUCACUCCGAACUUUGCCAAGUACUUGUACAGAGAUUACAUUCAAGUGCGUUGUGACCAAGGAUACAAGCUCAUGAUGGGAGAGAAAGAGAUUAAAAGUUUUAAAUCCAUGUGUCAGAGUGAUGGAGAAUGGCAUUUGACAUUGCCAGAGUGCAAGAUUAUUGACUGUGGAGCUCCAAAGCCUUUGCAAAAUGGAAAGGUUCAGUUUAUCAAUGGAUCAAACAAUGAAUAUCUCUCUGUCAUCGAGUAUCACUGCAAUGAGCCAUACUAUGCUUUUGAGAAGACUCCUAAAGCAAGAUACACCUGUGCAGCAACGCGGAAAUGGACAGAGGAUGAUAGCAAUAAUAUUAUUCCUCCUUGUAUUCCUGUGUGUGGAGAAAAUAUAGAACCUGCUUUUGGUGGCAGAGUUUUUGGUGGGAAGCAAGCUCAACUCGGGCAGAUUCCAUGGCAGCUCUAUACUAGCUUGACAAGAGGGGGUGCUUCUCUGAUCAGUGAUUACUGGGCCAUAACAGCUGCUCAUGUAGUAGAUGGAUUUGAAAACACAACAAUGUCUUUCCUUGGUGGAUUAAUUCACUUAACUCAAGAUAAACCCAUUAAAUUAGAGACAGAGAAGAUCAUAAUUCACCCAAAUUAUAAGAGGGUGGAUAGAGGUAAUCCAACAAACUUUGAUAAUGACAUUGCACUGAUCAAAAUGUCUUCUAAGGUGCCACUUGGUCCAAACAUCAGGCCAGUGUGUCUGCCAAAGAAAACAGAUGGAUCUGUGAUGGAGGACAUGAUGGGUACAAUUUCAGGUUUCGGAGGGUUUGAGGGUAAAUUAAAAAGUGAUAAUUUACGUUAUGGGCAUGUUCAGGAAUAUCCAAAUGAUAAAUGUGAUUCAGGUGGUCUGCCUGUCACUGAUAACAUGUUUUGUGCUGGAGAUGACAAGAAAGGUGUUGACAGUUGUCAAGGUGACAGUGGGGGUCCACUGUUCCACCCCAUGUUGGGCUAUGGGUCUGCAGAACAGCGCUAUGAAGUGAGGGGCAUUGUGUCAUGGGGUCCUACUAAAUGUGGCGAUACAAUCUUUAAAGGUUUCUACACUAAAGUGCAGAACUAUCUGGACUGGAUUAAAGAAACUAUGGCAAAUAACUAGUAUUGGCUGAACAAGAUGAGACAUGACCCAUUUGUCAUUAUUCCACCCCAGAUAAAAGUUGUAACCUUGAAUAGUUUGAAAUCAGUUUCAGGUAUGCAUUUUUCAAUAAUUUACAUUCAGACUCCUGAUAAAAGUGUAUUUUAAUUAAUCUAUUAAUGUAUUCAACUCUGAAUGUGUUAUGACCAAAAGUUUUUUAAUUAAAGUGUUAUUUUACAAAUGUUAAAAAGUGCAGCUUAUUUUCUUCUGCUACAGCAGACAUGGUAGAAUGGUGCCAUAUUUCCAGAACCUUCAUUUUUUGUGUUUCUCACCUUUUGUUCUCUCUUCAAGUUAUAAGGCUAACAAUUCCAUAAUAAUUUUAUAAGGCAACCAGGGGCAUAAACUGCUUACAACUCUGCUCAAUUUUAGCCCCAAUUAGCAGUCAAGUUGAGUCUGUGCACGUCGGCUCCAGAUUUUGGACCAGUUGGAGUUGACAGAUUUCACAGUGUAUCGCAGUAUGGGAACUGACUCCGAUUUCUUAUGCUAAGACAACGAUUACAUCUAGUCGGAGUAUAUCACACGUGUUUGGUAAUUUAGAGCCAAUUAUAGAGGAAAUCUGGUUGCGUGUGAUGCUCAAUGACUCAAAUAUGAAGUCAUAUGGUGUGAUCCUUGUUUGAUGUGUGUAAUGCCCAUUUUUUCUGAAGCCAUUUAGCCAUAGUUUGUAAGUGUGUGAUAGUGAUACCCUAUGGAAUGUAAAACCUGCCAAUAUUAAAUAAAUGAAUGCAGUGAUAAAAAUUAAAAUUAAAACAUCAUUAACCAUUUCAAGUGUCUGUAAAAUAUGUGACAAAAUUAAAAAUAAAAUUCAAUAAUUCA